AUGAUGUGGGAUGGGAACAUGGGGUUCUUGUUGAUGCUAACAACAAGGACAAGAACACCGGAGGCUCUGGAGGCUAAAGAGAAGUGCAAGAAAGCACUAAAUGAUGCAAAAAGGAUGAGGGAGGAGAAGACUGUUCGUGAGCUAGAACUUAGAGAGGAAGUGAAUGUUUCUCAGGUUGGAGGUGGAGAGUUAGAGGAAAUCACUUGUAUUGGAAGUUCUAAGCUUCACAAAUUAGAACCCAUUGACAAAUGGACACGUGCUAUUGAUCCUAAAGCAACCAAAUCCGAAUCUUUGACUCAACAGAAGCUGAACAAGGAACUUUGGAAAGAAAGAACAUAUGAGGUGCAUAAAUAUAUUGCAAGAUGGGUCUAUACACAUGCAAUACCAUUCAAUGCAUGUGACAAUGAUGAGUUCAAGCAAAUGUGUGAAGCAAUUGGACAAUUUGGGGCUGGACUUGAACCUCCAACUCAGUAUGAUCUGCGAGAGAGAUUGUUGGAAGAAGAAUAUGCAAGAACCAAGAGUUUGCUGCAAGAACAUGAAGCCGAGAGGAUGAAGAAUGGGUGCUCUAUUAUGACUGAUGCUUGGUCAGAUAGGAAGAGGAGAAGCAUAAUGAACCUGUGCACUAAUUGUGCUGAUGGAACCAGUUUUAUCAGCUCAAAAGAGAUGUCAGAUGUGUCACACACAAGUGAAGUCAUCUUUGAACUAGUGGACAAAGCAAUUGAAGACAUUGGUCCAGAUAAUGUGGUGCAAGUAGUGACAGACAAUGCCUCUAACAACAUGGGAGCAAAGAAGCUAUUGCUUAAGAAGAGACCACAGAUAUUUUGGACCUCUUGUGCAACACACACAAUCAACUUGAUGCUCCAAGUAAUUGGUAACAUGGCUCGGUUCAAGAAGCCAUUGGUCAAAGUUCUCCGUUUAGUUGAUGGGGAUGUGAAGCCAUCCAUGGGUUUCGUUUAUGGAGAACUACUAAAGGCAAAGAGAGAGAUCAAAGAGGCCUUCGGCAAUAAUGAGUCCCGGUUCAAGGAGGUACACACUAAGAAGAAAAAUAGGCUUACUACAGCCCGCCUCAACAAAUUAGUCUAUAUUCAAUUCAACUCCAAGCUGAUUAAUAAGAAAGAAAAUAUCAAGUCAAAGAAGAUCAGUGAUGUUCUCUUGUCUAAUGAUACAACUGAAGCUCAAUGUUUUCUGCAUGAGAAUGGAGAUGAUUGUGCAUUAAUUGUCUAUAGAGAUGAGGAAGAUGAGAUGGAAGGUAUAGGGAUACCUUGGUCUGUUACUGGAGAUGCAGUGGGAGCAGAAGAACAACUUGAGCUGCGUAGAAGUGCAAGAGUGAGACAGCUUUAUGAAGGAGAAGAAUUUAACUACGAAGAAGAACAGUUUGAUGAAGAUGAGGAUGAUUAUGUGGAACUCUAUUGA